UCCUUAGCAAUAGUAAGUACUAAGUACAUAUAUAUAAAAUACGAUUGGCUAUACUAUACUAUAGCCGAAAUUCCAUCUAAUUACUAUCUAAAUUAGACUUGCGGAACACUCUCUUUUUUUUAGUGUGUGUGUAAUUGUGUCCUCGCUCCUCCGGACCUCCGCAUCUGGCUGCAUAAUUACCAAUAAAUACAGUCAGUCGGUAUGUACUAUGUACAGUAAAUUGUCUGUACAUAAUAUCAUAAAAAUUAUACAUUUAAUCUAAAAAAAAAAACAGUGCUGUAAAAUAGAAUUGGCCCAAUUUAAAUAAUAAUAGUAGUAAUAAUAAUCUACACCGGUAUUUAUAAUCUGUAAUUGUUUCAUAUAGUGAAGUUGAGUGAAGUGUAUAGACAACACCCUUAAAUCUGUCAUUAAUAAUUUUUUAAUAUUUUUUUUUUUUUUUCUCAACCAAGCCUCUCUUUUUUUAUCUCUGUCUGACAUAUGUUUUUUUAAUGACACUAUAACGUGCUGCCAUGUGGAUAAAAAUUUCAACUAAAACAUUGUUUUAAAUCUAAAAAAAUAAUAACCAUUUUUUCUCUGUACUUUAAGGACAUUAAGGACAUUAAGGACAUAGUGAUUAUUGUGUAUAAAAUUAUAUUAUUUUUUUUUAUUAUGUUUUAAAUUGAAUUAAAUAGUUACAGUAGAUUGAUAUUUGAGAAUGAUUAUUACUUGAAAAAAAAAAAAAAAAAAUUAAUGGGUAUGACAAAGGUUCCUCGAAUAGCUAAAUUCACGCUCACACAUACUACCUUAAAAUAUAAUUUAUUGUAUGUGUGUAUAUCUCUUCCUUCCAUGAGAAGAUGGCCGCUGUGUUUCGGUAGUAAUUUCGUCAUUGUCUAGUGAAGUAUAUUGUUUAUCUUAAUCAUAAAAACAAUAAAAAAAAAUUUGAAUAUUAAAAUAAUAUCAUAUGUGUAAUUUAAAUAAUAUACUAUUGUAAUAUAUAAUAUAUUGUUUGACUUGUGUAAACAUAGUGGACUUGGUGAACAAAUAAAAUGCCAAGUGCACCGUUUAGUUCGUCGCGUAGCUACGUGAGGCGAUCAAGAAGAAAAAUAACCAACAGAAUCCCGCUUCCAUCUCGAACUACAUCCGCAGAACCAUGUGGUCUUUUGUGUCCAUCAUCAAAUCAAAUACCUUCAAGUGGUGGAGGAGCAGGUGGCGCAAGAGGUUCAUCACCAAGUGUAUCAGGUGUUGCAGCACCAUCACCAUCACCAAGUCCUUCACAUUCAUCACCAUAUGAUUUAAGACGUAAAAGUCCACCUCAUCCUGAUCCAGCACCUGGUACAAGUUCUGCAUUACCACCACAAGGUGGAAGUAGUAUUGUUGUUACACUUGGAUCUUUUCCUCUUCCUGCUAGAAAAAGACCAAGAAGAACGUGCUCAACGUCAACUGAUGGUUUAAAUACAAAUACAGCUGCACAUUAUCUUCUUUAUGAACUACCAGAUGAAGUUUUAUUAACAAUAUUUAGUUAUUUUCUUGAAAUUGAUUUAUGUCGUAUGUCACAAGUAUGCAAACGUUUUCAAGCAAUUGCUAAUGAUACAGAAUUAUGGAAAUCUCUUUAUCAACAAGUAUAUCAAUAUGAUUUACCAUUAUUUAAUCCAGCUCCAUGUAAAUUUGAAUUUAUAUCAUCUGAUGAAUCUGAAUAUUCAAAUCCAUGGAAAGAAAGUUUUCAUCAAUUAUAUAGAGGUGUACAUGUUAGAUCUGGUUAUCAAGAUAUAAAAUUAAAAGGGCGAAAGUUGCCAUAUUUUAAUACAAUCCAAGGUGCCCUGGAUUAUAUUGACGAGUACAAAAGUAGUAAUAAUACUACCAAUACUAACACAAGUGCAAGCCAAAAUUCUAAUUCUAAUUCUACUUCUAAUAAUAAUAACAAUAAUACUAAUAAUAGUAAUAAUAAUACUACUAAUAAUAAUACAGCAUUAAGUCCGAAUAAUCAGGCAACAAAUUGUCAAAAUACAAAUUUAAAUGAAACAAAUAAUGAAACACCUCAGCAUAUAGUAUUUCUACAUGCUGGUACUUAUCGUGGUGAAUUUCUUGUAAUUGAUAGUGAUGUUGCAUUAAUUGGUGCUGCACCUGGUAAUGUUGCUGAAUCAGUUAUUCUUGAAAGAGAAAGUGAAUCAACAAUGAUGUUUGUUGAAGGAGCUAAACGUGCUUAUGCUGGUCAUGUUACAUUAAAAUUUACACCAGAAGUUACUAGUACAGUACCACAUCAUAAACAUUAUUGUCUUGAAAUUGGUGAAAAUUGUAGUCCAACAAUUGAUCAUUGUGUUAUAAGAAGUUCUAGUGUUGUUGGAGCAGCUGUUUGUGUAUCUGGUGGUGGUGCAAAUCCAAUUGUUAAAAAUUGUGAUAUAUCAGAUUGUGAAAAUGUUGGUCUUUAUGUUACUGAUUAUGCACAAGGAACAUAUGAAGAUAAUGAAAUAUCACGUAAUGCAUUAGCUGGUAUAUGGGUUAAAAAUUAUGCAAAUCCAAUAAUGAGAAGAAAUCAUAUACAUCAUGGUCGUGAUGUUGGUAUAUUUACAUUUGACAAUGGUCUUGGUUAUUUUGAAGGAAAUGAUAUACAUAAUAAUCGUAUUGCUGGUUUUGAAGUUAAAGCUGGUGCAAAUCCAACAGUUGUACAUUGUGAAAUUCAUCAUGGUCAAACUGGUGGUAUAUAUGUACAUGAAAAUGGAUUAGGACAAUUUAUUGAUAAUAAAAUACAUUCAAAUAAUUUUGCUGGUGUAUGGAUAACAUCAAAUUCAAAUCCAACAAUAAGACGUAAUGAAAUUUAUAAUGGUCAUCAAGGUGGUGUUUAUAUAUUUGGUGAAGGUAGAGGUCUUAUUGAACAUAAUAAUAUUUAUGGUAAUGCACUUGCUGGUAUACAAAUAAGAACAAAUUCAGAUCCAAUUGUACGACAUAAUAAAAUUCAUCAUGGACAACAUGGUGGUAUUUAUGUACAUGAAAAAGGACAAGGUUUAAUUGAAGAAAAUGAAGUAUAUGCAAAUACACUUGCUGGUGUAUGGAUAACAACUGGAUCAACACCUAUACUUAGGAGAAAUCGUAUACACAGUGGUAAACAAGUUGGAGUUUAUUUUUAUGAUAAUGGACAUGGAAAAUUAGAAGAUAAUGAUAUAUUUAAUCAUCUGUAUUCUGGUGUACAAAUAAGAACUGGUAGUAAUCCUGUAAUACGUGGUAAUAAAAUAUGGGGAGGACAAAAUGGUGGUGUACUUGUUUAUAAUAGUGGACUUGGAUUACUUGAACAAAAUGAAAUAUUUGAUAAUGCUAUGGCUGGUGUUUGGAUUAAAACUGACAGUAAUCCAACAUUAAAAAGAAAUAAAAUAUUUGAUGGAAGAGAUGGAGGAAUUUGUAUAUUCAAUGGAGGCAAAGGUGUCUUGGAAGAAAAUGAUAUAUUUCGUAACGCUCAAGCUGGUGUUCUUAUAUCAACACAAUCAUAUCCAGUAUUGAGGAGAAAUCGUAUAUUUGAUGGUCUUGCAGCUGGUGUUGAAAUAACAAAUAAUGCAACAGCUACAUUAGAGUUUAAUCAAAUUUUUAAUAAUCGUUUUGGUGGUUUAUGUUUGGCAAGUGGUGUCAAGCCAACAUCAAGAGGUAAUAAAAUAUUCAGUAAUCAAGAUGCAGUAGAAAAAGCAGUUGAAAAUGGACAAUGUUUGUAUAAAAUAUCAUCAUAUACAUCAUUUCCAAUGCAUGAUUUUUAUCGUUGUCAAACGUGUAAUACAACUGAUAGAAAUGCAAUUUGUGUUAACUGUAUAAAAACAUGUCACGCAGGUCAUGACGUUGAAUUUAUCAGACAUGACAGAUUCUUUUGUGAUUGUGGCGCUGGAACAUUAAGUAAUCAAUGUCAACUUCAGGGUGAACCAACACAAGAUACAGAUACAUUAUAUGAUAGUGCAGCACCAAUGGAAUCACAUACAUUAAUGGUCAACUAAGUUUUUUUUUAAAAAAAACUAAAUAAUAAAAUCAAAUUAAAUUCAAGAGGUAAAUAAUCCUUAAAUUGAACAAUCAAAUUACUGAGGUAAUCGUGCGUACUUCAAAACGUGCCUCAUAAUAUAAUAACGACAGUAAUAAGUCGCUAAAUUUAUUUUAGAAAUAAUAGUUACAAUUUUUUUUAUUCUUCCAUAAUUAUUGUAUUAUUAAUUAAUUAUUAUUGACGAUAAUUUUAAAAAUCAAAUUUUUAAAAUUCUUUUAAUCUAUAUUUUUAUUUUUUUUUUUUAUUUUAUUUGUCAUAUUCUUUGUUGUAGUAAUCAUUUUAAUGUCGUUCAUGUACUGUCAUUUCACGAGAGAUUCUUUGACUAAAAUUAAAACAAAAAAUUUGUUUUUAAAUUUUACAUAUAUGUUUGUCGAAAACAAAAAAAAAAACCGGGAUAAAUGAAUCAUUAAAAAUAUUUUACUAUUUUAUUAAAAAAAAAAUUUUUCGUGAAUUGAAUCUCUUUUUAAUAUUUUAUUUAAGAACGAAGAAAAAAAAAAAAUAAGUUGUUAGAAUAAGCUUUGUAUAUUGUUAGCAAUUAUGAUAGAGCAACUUGAAAAAAAAACCGAAAAAAAAACAAAAAAAAAAAAAAUGAAUUUUAGUUUCAUUUUAUUUGUUGGAAAAAAAAAUUUUUUAAAUUCUCGAUAAUUAAGUUUUUUUGUGCGUCAAAAAAAACAUUAUGAUAUAAAUUAAUUGGCAAGUAUUAUACACGUGUAUAUGAUUUAUAAUAUUUGGUAAAUAAAAACCAAUUUAAUUUAAAUAUUUGCAUCACUUUUAAAAAAUAAUAAAAUUUAUAAAUAAUAGGCAGCGAGUUUUUUGUUAGCUCUUUAAAAGCAGCUAGAAUAUUAUGUAUAACAACACACUGCCACAAUUUUAAUAAAAAUUUUAUUAGCAUUAUUACAAACUCGAAAAUAAUAAUAAUAAUAAAAAAACACCUCUUUAAUGCCCUUAAUGACAGCUCAGUUUAUGUAUGACUACUGAGUUUGAAUUAUAAUCAAAAAAAUUAAAUUGUUUUUGGCAAAAUAAAAACAGGAGGAAAUAAAUAUAGAUACAUUCUAUAAUAA